AAGUUCAAAGAAACAACUACUGACUGUUGUAGGCAAAUCAAUAAUUUCAUGACAAAAAAAAAUUAUGUGCUAUGGAGAUCUGGCUGUAAAUAGAUGAGCAAAAACUUCUAGGGGGAUUUCCCUGCAUUUUGACCAAUAAGGGUUUAAGCUGACAAACAAUUCUUCCAAUCAGCAAAUGACACAUGCAUCAUACUUUUCAUAGGAAUAUAAAAGAAGCUUCUAUGGUAUAAAUUGUCACCAAAACGCUCUCCUUAGAAACUUACAAAGGCAUACAAAUAGCUUGUACAGUUUUCUACAGAACUUCAAAAAGAACCUUCGAAGUCCAUGAAGCUGUAUUGGUCAAGCUGUUAAAUUUUUUGAAGUGAUACUUGUAAAAGACAAAGAGAUGUCAGUUUCAUUUCAUUAUGUAAUUUGGUUAACAGCACUUGCAUCCAUUUUGGCAUGCACACAGUCUGACAGUAUCCCACUACUUUCUUCAAGUUGGCUAAAUAUAGCAGUGGAGUUUCAAGACAAGGAACAAUUCCAACUUACAGAGUUUCAACAGCAACUAAAAGCUAUCAUAGACACCACAGAAGAACUGUUACAGUGUCUUGAUGAUUUACAUGACUGGGUAGAGGUUUUUGGAUCUACCGAGGCUAAGCUUAAAAUUGAACAACUUCAAAUUGUUCCAAAGUAUGUUGAAGUUUUACAGAGAUUUAUCUAUAAGCACCCUAAGUCACUAGUAGCAAGCCACUUCUUCAGACUAGCCACUUGCGGAAGCCCCUGGUGUGAAUAUCAGGGUUCAAUUAGCUUCAAGUUUAGGAAUGGCAAUGCAGUUUUCCCCAAGUUUGUCAUCAAGUUUUCACCUUUCCCUUUUACUGAAGCCCACCUGCAACUAAGUGAUACACCUUCACUCGGUGUACAAUUUAGACUCCCUGGCACUAAAAUUCAUGCAGGAAUACAAGCCAAAUAUGACCAUGGUGAAGGUACUGUUGAGAUGGAAGCUAGCGCACAUUUGUCCAAAUAUGCUAAUGCAUAUUUCAGCUCCAAAGCAGAUUGUGAAAAGAUUCAACUGACAUUUGAAGCAAAACUAAUAUUCAUGGAGGUUUACAGGGAAUUUGCUUUAGCAAAUCCCCUUUGCCAAUUGCAACUACCCUAUUUGAACUGACACCAAUUCUAAAUCAAACCACGCUAAAAACGCUCGAGAUCUUUAAGAAGUGAUGUACUUGUACCUACCUGUCAUAAUACUCUUCUGUAAUAUGCUGGGUAUAAUGCUUAAAAUGGGUCUUUUUCAUCUUUUUCUGCAACAGUACAUCAAUAACACAAACUUUAAUUGUCUGGUGAACAGAUACAUUGUAUUACAUAUAAGUAAUGUAAAUAGAAUUCAAUGAAUUUUAAAAAAAACUUUUAAUUAAGGCAACAGUUGGUCAUGAUUAUCAAUUUUCAACAAAGAAGAAAAUGAGAAGAAAAUAAGAUUAAUCCAUCCCCUGCUGAAUGAUUCAGCAUUCAAUUAAAUUUAAGUUAAAAGAGUGUUUGUUUGUGUAAUUAUAUAACUGAUGUAAUUUGUGCCAUGUGUUGAAUUCUUCAUCCUCUUCAGUAAAUACUGUUUGUUUCCUUGUACAAUUACGUUAAGUCAUAUCAUUCUGUGAAUUUAUGAUAGUGAUAAUGAAUAAAUAUAUAUAAAUAAAAAUCAUGUUUAUACAAAUUACAUUCAAUUGUCUUUGCC